CCAGUGGGGAUCACCCACAUCCCAGUGGGGAUCACCCACAUCCCAGUGGGGAUCACCCACACUUGGAGCAUUCGAGCCACGGGUGCUGGAGCUAUUGCAGGAACUGGUGAGUGGAGGGAGACUGAGGGCACUGGCACUGUGAGCCUUUCCCAGGGCCCAGACCCUGGGGCUGGCAGUGCCCCGUGCAGCUGCCAAGAGGGAAGAGGGUGACAGUGGCACAGCCGAUCCUGACACAAAUUAAAGCACAGUGCUGGAGUGUGAUUCACCCUCCUGCUUUAAAGUCAUUCAUGAAAAGAUUCAUUGCUCUGCGUCCUCUACAGGAGCAGAUCAGAGCCGGCAGUGAGUCAGUGCCGAUGGCUCCCCGGCCCUGUCCAGGGGUUGGGUGGCUCAGGGGGCAAUGGGACAGCCCCAAUCCCAGCAGAGCAGGCACAGCUAGUCUGUGGGAACAGCCCAGUGCCACCCCUCAGAGCAUAAGGAAGCCCCAUGGCUGUGGGUCAGGUCAAAGUGGCUUCAGGGGAGCAAAGGGACCCAGCACCCAGCUGAGAGUCAACCAAAUCGUGGUCUGUGUUAAAUGUCCCUGCUCCACAUCUGUGGGAACAGAAGGAAAUGCAGGAAGAGGCGAUGUGCCCAGGGGUGCUCCAAGGAAGAGCACGGUGCCUACCCCUCGCCUUCCUCCAGAAAAGCUGUCACUGUCCCCUGGCCUGGAGGUACCUGGGAGCUCCUGGUGCCCAGCUCUGGCAUCGCUUGCUAAGCGUGUUGCCAAAUUUAAGGAGGCUGAAGGAAAGCCUCUGUGCUGCCUUUGCCUCAGCUGGUAUUCCUCAUCUCAGCCCAAAGGGUCUUACCAUCCGUGGGAAGCCUCGUGUCCUGCAUGUAUUGAGGAGCAGCUCCUGGGGAGCAGCCUGUGCUAUGGUGAGGCAUCACCUGUGCUGUGGUGGAACAGACUGCCCACAGAAGCUGUGGCUGCCCCAUCCCUGGAAGCGUUCAAGGACAGAUUGGAUGGGCCUCGGAGCAACCAGGUCUAGUGGAAGGUGUCCCUGCCCAUGGCAGGUCCCUUUCCAUCCAAACCAUUCUGUGACUCUAGGAUUCAUGGUGGGCAUCACCCACACCACAGUGGACAUCACCUGUGCCAAGGGAGAGGGACCAAAGCCUUGGAGGGCUCAGGGAUAGCAGUGCCCGGGGGACCACUGGGCAGCAGGAUCAGUCCUGUGCCUGGGCAUUCCUGCUGCAUGGUGCCAGUGCUGCUGACCCUCAUAUGCUCCAAGCUCGGACUAUCGGGGUCCUUGGGUGGGUGAGGGGUGUGAAGCUGACCCCUUAGGAGCACCGGUCUCGUCUCUAUUGUCCCCAGCCCCGUGGUCUGCUCCGUGCCGAACCCGCGGUACCGGAGCUCCGCACCCGGUGGGGAGGGGGCGGCUCAUCCCCGACCCCCCUCUCCAGGGCUUCUCCCGCUCUUAAUCCCUUCAGCUACAUGGAGGGCGGGGACAAGCAGCGCCCCGCAUCCCUCAUCGCGCAUCUCCCCAUCCCCGCGGGGCCGGCGGCGGAGCCCCCCCGCUCCUCCCGCUCCUCCCGCUCCUCCCGCUCCUCCCGCUCCGCGCUCCCUCCCCAGGGCGGCGCCGGUGCCGGUGCGGGCGGAGCGCGGCGCGGGGCGGGCGCUGCCGGGGGCUGCGGGGGGCUCGGCUCCGCUCCGCUCCGCUCCUCCGGCGGCGGCGGCGGCGGGGCCGCGGCAUGAGGAGCCCGGCGGGGCGAGCGGAGGGCGGCAGCGGCGGCUCCUCUCCCGCCGGGGACGGGGCGCGGCGGCGGCUAGUCCCUCCGAUCCCAACCGUGCGGUGCUGCUGGCGCUGGUGGAAGAGUUUUGGGAGGGAGAUGAUGACAGGCUGAUGAAACCAAUCAAACAAUGAAGUAAUCAUAAAUCCCCGGUGCCGGCGGUGAAGGCGGGAGCAGCUGGAGGCUGGAGGAGCUGAGGUCCUAACGAAACCAUCCCGCUCAGCAGCAGAAAUCCCGGGAGACCAAAGCACUGAAAGGUGGCCAAGGUCCUGUCACCAGGGCUGAUGGACAGAGACAGCACAGCACAGUGUGGAUGAGGGCGGGGAAAAUCCUGCUGGCAGCUCCGGGGGAGCAGUGCAGAGGGCACGGAGGACAGCAGCAGGAAGGAAGAGUGGUGGCUCCCCAGGAGCUGUUGGAGGAGAGAGUUCUGGUGCUGCUUUGUUUGCUCUUCACAAAUUUGCCUGCGAAACCUGAAUCCUGGGACCAGAGGCUGAGGAAUCUUGUCACAGGCUGAUAGUCAGGAUGGGAGAUGGAUCCCACAGCGGGAGACACUACGGAUGGGUGUGAGGGGGCCUGACCCCGCCCCACAGCUGGGACAUCCCCACCGGGACAGCAGCUCCUGCCAACUGGGAUCCUGCACGUGGCUGGGCAUUCAUUGGCUUUGCUGAAGACGAUCCUGGUGCUGAGAAGGCUGUUCUAGUCUAGGCAAGGAGCUGCGCAACCAUGAGCGCGGGUUCGAUUGAGCAGGAGCCGUCGCGCAAGCUGGCCUGCUGCGGGGUGCCCCUCAUCACCGAGGACAUGCAGUCCCUGGCCAUCCGCACCCUCUCAGGCACCGACAUCAGCAAGCACUACGACCUCAUCCGCGAGCUCGGCAAGGGCACCUACGGCAAGGUGGACCUGGUGUCCCACAAAAGCACAGGCACCAAGAUGGCCCUGAAGUUCGUCAACAAGAGCAAGACGAAGCUGAAGAACUUCCUGCGGGAGUUCAGCAUCACCAACACACUCUCCUCCAGCCCCUUCAUCAUCAAGGUCUUUGACGUGGUCUUCGAGACUGAGGACUGCUAUGUCUUUGCUCAGGAGUAUGCCCCUGGGGGGGACCUCUUCGACAUCAUCCCGCCUCAGGUGGGGCUCCCCGAGGAGCUGGUGAAGCGCUGCGUGCAGCAGCUGGGCCUGGCCCUCGACUACAUGCACAGCAAGAGCCUGGUGCACCGGGACAUCAAACCGGAGAACGUCCUGCUCUUCGACCGCGACUGCCGCCGCGUCAAACUGGCCGACUUUGGCAUGACCCGCAAGGUGGGCUGCCGGGUCAAGCGCAUCAGUGGCACCAUCCCCUACACGGCGCCCGAGGUGUGCCAGGCCGGCCGGGCCGAGGGCUUUGCUGUGGACACCAGCAUCGAUGUCUGGGCUUUUGGGGUGCUCAUCUUCUGCGUCCUCACCGGCAACUUCCCCUGGGAGGCGGCGGUGGCGUCCGAUGCCUUCUUCGAGGAGUUCGUGCGGUGGCAGAAGGGGCGGCUGGGGGGGCUGCCCUCGCAGUGGCGGCGCUUCACGGACAGCGCCCUGCGCAUGUUCCAGCGCCUGCUGGCCCUCGACCCCGAGAAGCGCUGCCCCGUCAAGGAGGUUUUCUACUUCAUCAAGUGCGACCUGAUGGCCGAGGUGCGGUGCCGGCCCUCCUACCGCUCCCGCAAACACACCAGGGACAAGCUCCCGGCCGGCUCCCACUGCCACGAGGCCGCCGGCUCCUGCACCCCCGCCCCGCUCAAGAGGACCGUCCUGACAGAAGGGAGCGGAGCGCGCGGCCCCGAGUCCAGCGCGGCCGCCCCGGGGACGGCCAGCAGGACAGAUGGACGGCAGGACAAAGGCAAAGGACAGAUGGUCCUGGCCACAGCAAUAGAGAUCUGCGUCUGACGGCGCCGCGGCAGCGGCCGCACGACCCGUCCUGUCCCCCCGCCCCGGCAACAGGGAUGGGAGGAGUUGCUCGUGGUGGAGGCACGAGCCGGGACCAGGCUCUGGGUCUCCCAAAGCAAAAAAACGGAAAAGAAACACAAACGAAGAGGAAAAGGACAGAACUGGUUGCGCUCCGUAGCGCCGAGGAUGCCAAUGCCCCCACCCUGCCUGGGUGAGGCCGGCAGCGGAGCCCAGCCAAGGGCACCGCGCGCUGCCAGGGAGGACAGGGGUGCCCACGGUCCUGCCAGGGCCAUGCUGCCCCUCAAGGCUUCCCACAGGGUGGCAUGGGGAGAGGUCUCCCAGUACAGGGAGGAAGAGUCGGGAGGGUAGUGGGUGGGAGGUCCAGGGCAGGCAGUGCCCACUGGCUCUCCCCCACCCUGUGCUUGAUCCCUGGACUGGGAGUGGGAAGGCCGAUGACCCCAUACCAUGGAGGAGGCCUUUGGGGAGGUUUGGGUGGGUGAUGAUUUGUCCCCUUCCACCAAUCCCCUCCCCACUGGUGGGGACCGGGAAGGGAUGAGGAGAUGGGCACCGGGCUGGUGAUGGGGAGCUGGGGGGUUUCAGGCAGCCCAGGACCCCUGGCAACCCCGGCUGCCUCCCUGUGGUGGGAGGUGCUGGCAGCCAUCGAUGUAGCAAGUGUCCCUGUCUGUGUGUCAUUGUGUCCCACCACUGCCACUGGCAGCCCCUGCCCCCCCUGCCCUGCCCCACAUGGCCCCAGACCCCACUGGAGGGACAGGUCCCUCCAGCCGGGAGCUGUGCUCUGGGCUGUGGCCCGUGGCCACAGUGCCAUCCAGCAGGUUGGAUGCUCAGGGCCAAGCUGGCUCUGCCAUAGUGGCAUCUCUGCAGACUCUCUGUCCCUGGGGACUGGAAGAGGUGGCAGCAGUGCAGCCCCAGGCUGGCCUGCACACCCCGGGAGCAGGGGAGGGGGCUCUGAGCAGCCUCCAGAGAGCCAGCCUGGUUCCCUGUGCUCAUCCCAUCACCCCUCCUCGCUGUCACCCCUUCCCCAAGCUCUGUCACUCUCCCCUGGGGCUGGCGGGGAGGAGGCGGUGGGAUGGACCCCCGGGGCUGGCUGCAGCAAGGCAGAGGGUGGUGGCAGGAGCCGCUGGUGGUCCCUUAGUGACAAGGUCACGGGGGUGUGUGUGGGGGACACAACUCCCCUCGCGGUUUUGGGCACCCAGCGGAGUGGGGGGCUCACCCGGAGAGGGUGGGGGGCACCCCAAGGCGGCAGCACUCUGGUAUGGUUUGGGCUUCCCUCCCAUCGGGUGGGUGCCGGGGGCACCCCCUGUGCCCCCCGGCGCCGCAAUUCCCGCACCAAGGGCUAUCCCGCUCUCCAGCAGCAGCAGCAGCAGCAGCAGUUUACAGAGCAGGCGGGCGGACCCCCCGCCCCCGCUGCUGCCCCCGGGCCCCUCCGCCCCCCGCCCGCGGUGCCGGGCCCCGGGCGGCCUUAGAAGUAGCAUUGCCCCAAGUAGAGACGCUCUAGGCGCCGGUUUUUCUCCUUUUUGCCUUAGGUCCCUCGAUGUCCUCAAUCUUUCGUGCAAUAAUGUAGAUAAGGGAUCCCGGCCGCCCCGGGAGGGCUCGGCGGUGCCUCUCUGGGAGGGACCUCCCGGGGGUCUGUCCCGGGGGUCUGUCCCGGGGGUCUGUCCCGGGGGGUGCCCCGUGUGAUUUCUGUCCCCAUCGAGGUCGCUGUGUCGGUAGGUUGUCGGGUUUUUAUUUCCAGUUCCCUCAGCUGUCGGGUUUCAGACCUUCUUCCCGUAGGAGAGGCUGUAGUGUCACAGACGUUACCUCAGUUUGUCACUGUUGAAAAGGAUUAAAAAAAGAAAAAAACAAACAAAAAACAAAAACCACAACUGAAACCAUAAAAAAUUACAAAAUACAUAGUUACAAAAGCAACAAAAAAAUUGUCAA